UAAAUAACCCUUCUAGCAAAAAGUUUAAUGAAAAAAAACUAUUAAUCCAGAUCACUUUAAAAUAUGUUUAGACACCUUCUGCUGUGCAGUUUCAGAGUACAACUUGCAAUUUUCCCCUCUUUUUGCUCCUGUCUUUCAUUCUGUCAUGAAACUGACUCUUCUCCGGUUCUGCAGGUGGUAACAGAGACUGAGCUGAACUUUCUGGAUGAACACAAAAGUAAAUCAGCCAUAGAAGAACACGAGAGGCCUGCUUUCCGUUUGCAUUUCUCUCUGGGUGGAUUUUUCACGUCUGGCCUGUCGGUUCACAUUUUUGGGAAUACUUUGUGAAGGUCUUCUGUGGGUGGAUGUUUUUUUUUGGUUUUGUUUUGUUCUCUGUAACAUUACUUGGCAGCAUAUUCAUUCUUACAUGAAUUUAUCAUCACAUAAGUUAAAUUUUUUUGUGGAAUAAACAAAAGGAAGUUGAUUUUGGACUUUCAGAGAGUUGCUGCAUUGGCACCCUUCAAAUUUCUAUCUGAAAUGUUCCUGCUUGGAGUUUUUUCUUUUCCCACAUCACAUCACAUGGUGUAGUUUUAUCAGGUGAUGUUGCUGAAAAUAAACAUCUUGUUGUGUCUUGCAGGGCUGCUGAGCAAACAUGAAAAGCAGGUAGCUGAUCUUACGCAAAGGUUUCAGGCAGAACAAGAGACCUUGAAGGACAAACUGCGGCAGUUCGCGGCUGACCUGCAAGCCUUCAAUGAUUUGAAGAUACGUGUUGAAGACUCAACCUUCAAAAAGAAUUUGGAAAGGAAUAUUAAGGAACAUGGAAGCCCAGGUUCAUUCUGGGAGGCUGAGCAGGAGUUUCUGAUCUAUGUGAUUGAGAUGAAGGGGGAGCGUCUGCAGGAGCAAAGCAGGAAGCUGGAGAGGAUGGAUCAACUGGUGGAACGAAAUGUGUCUCUGGAGGCCCAGAUCGUCCAGGUCCUGCAGCAAAACAAGGACCUGGAGGUCCAGAUAGAAAGCUUCCAUACCCUCAUUCAGCAGUUUUUGAAGGAGCAGCAGGACCUGAAGGUGGCCCUGGAGACACAGAGGGCAGUAAAUGAGAAUCUUUCUCAGGAAAAAGAGCAGUUGAUUUUGCAACUGAGAGACAAAGAUUCAUGUCCAGGGACUCGCCUGUAAAUCUAUUGCUCCAUCUUCUGGGCUUGCUAA